UUUUUUUUUUUCUUUGUUUCCUUCAUGAGUAGUGAUAAUGAUUGGCUGCCUUUGCCUAGUGGCAUUUCAAGAGAAUCUCAUAAUUCGUUUACAAGAGAUUUAUUAAGCCAAUUUGAUAAAAUAAAUCCUACAGAUGAUGAUAGCAUUGUUUCUAUUGACCAGUGUAGCAUUAAAUCAGUAUCCAUACACCAAAGCUCUAUUUCUAUUCAAGAAACACGAUACGGUCGUGACACUAACACUGUGGCACCUAACGGAAAAAGCACACGUCCAAGAUCAGCAGUCGAUCUGCUCAGAAAAUCAUCCAUGUACCUAAAAAGCAAGUUUUAUGAUGAUGAAUCUAUAUUUCAUUCAUGGGCAAUGAAAAGACGAAAGAGUCAAAAGCCAAGAGAAGCUUUACCACUGUCUAAAGUUGCAAUCAACACAACUAUCAAUCUGAAAAAGAAAGACAGGCAACAGCAUGAUAAUGCCAGCAUGUAUCACCAUCACCAUCAACAACAGCCCAAUACUUCACAUCUUAUUCAACCUCCUGUCAUUACACAAUAUCCACCUAAACCACUUGUUUAUUCGCCUGUAGAACCCCUUGUUGACAACAAUCCACAAGAAAAAACCUUACAUCGACUUUCUAUGCCCUUAAUGAAACUUACAGCCAUUCAACAAGAUAAAGCUGUAAAAAAAAGACGCUCAGAUUCUGAUUUGUUAGACCAAGCCAUUGCUAAACCUUCUGUAAUACACUCCCUAAGUAAAACAUGGAAUAAACUACUUCAUUCGUGUAGUUUACGACACAAAAAGAACAAUUAAUAUUUAUAUUUAUAUAUAUCUCUCUCUCUCCUUUAAUAUCUAAUGUAUAAUAUCUUUAUGCUCUCUAUGCUUA